GCAAAUUAUCGUAAUCGCAGUCUCUCAAAGCUAGCCACAGUAAAACUCGGGAAUAAUAAGUAUUCGGCUGAAGUUAAUUAUUUUCAUCUAACUUGCUCUUUUUUGUCUGUCGUUUGCAAUCUUUUCGUACUGCGGAUUGUACUUACAUAAUUUUUUUGUUUUUUUUUGUUUUUUUCCAUUUAACUCGGUGAGGAUAUGUUUGUUUUCGUUGCUGUGUUAUUGUCCCCGUCAUCAUCCUCGUCGUCCGAGAGUUUAAGUUACAAAGCACAGUGUUAUUGAUACAAUGGAGAUCGUGACUAGAAAGAAACCUGCCGAGCCCCGGGUUGUGGACUUGCUGCGGAAAAGGGAGAUAGGAAAUUCAGUGUCCACAACAAUCACACACAGGCUAAAGGUAACAACCAACUUCCUGAAGCGCUUGGGGAUUGAGAAGGAGCUCGAAGGACACGAAGGCUGUGUCAAUUGUUUGGAGUGGAAUGAAAGUGGAACAACUUUGGCUUCAGCCUCGGAUGAUUACCAAGUUAUACUGUGGGAUCCUUUCCGAUAUCAAAAGAAAUUGACUCUGCAAACUGGUCAUGGGGGUAAUAUUUUUACUGUUAAGUUUAUGCCAAAGUCAAACGACUCGGUGUUAGUGACCGGAGCAGGUGAUUAUAAGAUCCGCGUGCACAACAUUGCAAAUUCGGACACGUUACUGAUCUGCUCUUGCCACUAUGGAAGAGUCAAGCGGGUCGCGACGGCACCAGCGAUGCCUUUCCUCUUCUGGAGUGCCUCCGAGGAUGGCCUGGUCAUGCAGUACGAUCUGCGUCAAUCUCACUCGUGUAAGCUAAGUGAUCAGUCCACUGUUCUCGUCAAUCUGACCAAUCAUCUUGGCCGCUUCAUAGAGGCCAAAUGCAUCAAUGUUAAUCCACGAAGGCCUGAAUUGAUUGCCGUUGGAGCAAAUGAUGCCUAUGUCAGGAUGUACGACCGAAGGAUGAUUAAGCUCUCACAGAGACCCGUAUCUGGAUCGUCAAAUAUUAGUUCUUUGGGUUAUGGAAAUGGUGAUCCCGACAAUAACGUACCACUUGGUUGUGUGCAAUACUUCGUUGCAGGUCACUUGAAAAAUCGAGGUCAGUGUAAAAAGUAUUCCACGACUUAUUUAACGUUUAGCUAUGAUGGAAAUGAGUUGCUAGUCAAUAUGGGUGCAGAGCAAAUUUAUUUGUUCGAUAUCAAUGACCACCGAAAUUCAAGGCGUUUUAUUGUUCCUGCUGAAAUAGAUAGCGAUAAUAGAGACCAAGACGAAGAACUGAGUUCAGAGAACGAUAACAGUCCACUCGUGCUUGAAGAUUUAUCAGCCAUGAAUGUAGUUCAGUUGAGUCCUGAAGUUGAAGUGAUACAUCAACAGGCAAAUAAAGCUUUUGAAGACGAACAUUACGCUGAUGCUAUUUCGAUGUACAAUGAAGCCAUUAGUUUAUGCCCUACUUCAGCAACUCUUUAUGCUAAUAGAGCAAGCACUUAUAUGAAACGUGCUUGGGAAGGAGAUACUUACGAUGCGUUACGCGAUUGUCGAAUCACGUUAGCUUUGGAUCCAAAUCACGUCAAAGCUCACUUCAGACUAGCAAGAUGUUUGUUCGACCUGAAAAGGGUCAACGAAGCUCACACAGUCAUGGAAAACUUUAUGGAAAAGUUUCCGGACUACACAAAGAAUAGCGCUUGUAGAAAUUUAAGAAAAGACAUAAAAGAUGCGCUUAAUUCUGAUAAUGAUUCAACAUCCAGUAAGCCCAACGAAUCAGGAAUCUCAAAAUACGAAAAGGAAUGGCAAAAAAAUGCCCUUGACUUUAAAGUGCGAUUGUGCGGACACUGUAACACAGUCACAGACAUUAAAGAGGCGAAUUUUUUCGGAGAAGACAGUCGGUUUAUCAUUGCUGGCUCAGACGAUGGAUCGUUCUUCACAUGGGAUCGGUAUACGACGAACAUAGUUCGCGUUUUGAAAGGAGAUUCCAGGAUAGUGAAUUGCCUACAACCUCAUCCAUCCAUGUGUUUAUUAGCUACGAGCGGCAUUGAUCAAGUGAUAAGACUGUGGAGUCCCUUACCCGAGGAUGGAUCUGAAAAUGUCUGGGAAGUUAAGAAUGCAAAUGAGGCUGCGAUUGCAAAUUACUUGCGCAUGAACUCAGAACAAUUCGAAUUAAUGCCUUUUAACAUAGCCUACAUGUUUCCUCCCGGUCAAGGCGACGGUCAAGAGGAUAACGAAGGUCGACCCGAUCUGUCGAAUGCCCCGCUGAACUGUAGGCCGAGCUAAGAUCUGCUGAUAAUAACGAGAAAAAAAAAAUUUACAUAUGUUGUUAUUUUUAAUAACUGUUAGGUAUACGCGUAAAAUGCAGUUGUUGCUUAUUACACGCGUAUUUCCUCGUGUGACGGCAAACAAAUUUGCUUUAUAAUGAAAAGAGAGAGAGAAAGAGAGUACUGAACAAAAUUUUA